AUGGAGGUGCCGGCGCUGAGCCCGGCUGGAGGAGGCGGUGAGCUGGUGGGCCGCGCACUGGUGCAGGCGCGCGGCCAAUCGCGGGAGGAGGGGCGCGGGGACGGGCGCGCCGGGAGGCCGGGAGGGUUGUGCCGAGAUUACCUCCGUUUUAACGCGCGAAAGAUUUCAAAGGCGGCCGGCCACUUCACAAAUAAUCCAUCAACAUCUCGUCGCGACCCUUUAAAAGGCCACUCGGCUCAGCGAGGGCGCAAAUUCGAUUCCGCUAUAGAUUGGAGUGCAUAUUCAACUAACGAGGCCCACACCUGCGACAUCAAUAAUUCCGAAGUUCAUUAUGGCUCGCGAUGGCGCGUCAUAGAAAUUAUUGAAAGCCCAUACAUAUCGUAUUACUCGCGUGCGCUAACGGUGCACCACCCCCCACCGCCCCGCGCCCCGCGCCCCGCGCCCCGCGCCCCGCGCCUGCAGCGCUAG